CACCCCGCCCUCUGCGAUGCCUGUUCUCUCACAGAAGAGGCAGGAAGGUGAAAUGUGGCUCAACAGGUCGGAUGGGAGCUCAGACAGAAAGACAGUGAGCCUAGUUGCCGAGGGACUCAUCAGUCGGGAAUCGGAUCAUGACCCCGCUGUGCUUCUGCUGAGUGGGGACCUUUGCGCCGAUUCACGCCGACCUGAUCACCUCACUGGAUGAGAAAGGAUUUCCCUAUGGUGCCUCUGAGAGUUGGAGCACAACUCAGGAAGGAGUCGUGAGAGGAAGAGUGGGAGGAGGGUCAACAAAGGAGGAGGGGAAGGAGGGGCUGGGGACACACACGGUGGAAUCGUGGAGUGGACACAGGCGGAGACAUGCUUCACUACGGGUCGCGACGUACCUUUUCCAGCACCACCACCACCACUGCUGACUCGCCAGAGUCCAGAAGCGAGAGGUCAAUCACUCGCCUGAGGUUGACUCUGCAUCCGGAAGAUGCCAAGAAGGAGCACAAAGCUGCUAAUCCAGCAACAGAUGGUUGGAAGAAGAAGAAUGGCAUCAUUCAAAGAGAGAGGCCGCCUGGCAGAGAGUCACCCAAGCAGCACCUGGGUGAAAUGACCAAUGGGCAGGCCGAGCCCUCGCCGCAGCAUCACGGGCCCAAAAUGUACGGCGUAGUGCAGAGUAACAACGCUGACAGGCAACAGCAAGUGAUGGCUCGAGAGUGGACCGUCAGUCACCUUCAUGAAGAAAUGAAGUACAUCAAGGAGGUGAGAGAUUCUCUGGAGAAGGUCAGAGAGCGCAUGUACGGCCAGUUUGGAGGCAUGCAGCAAUCUGUGCACAAGCUCUCGCAGGAACUAAAGACUUCCAACUCCCAACGCAGAAGUCUGGAGUCUGAAGUGAGGAUCCGUACAGCAGCAAUGGAAAGAUUUGAUCAGAUGAACAGCUCCCUAAUGUCAUCCAAUAUUGGCCUGCAGAAAUCUCUUCUGGAGAACUGUCAGAAUCGCGUGGACGCAAGGGAAGAGUUGAAUAGUUUGCGGAGCACUUGUGAGAAAACACAAGAACAGCUCCGAGAUAAGGAGAGAGAGCUGGCCGCAGCGCAUGCCGAAAACCAGACGCUCAGACUUGAGGUGGAAUCUACACGAGAGGCCAACAGUAGGGCCCUAACGGAGCUCUCUGCGGCGCUCGAAAGGGACUACCAGGGAAAGCUGCAAGAAGAGCAAAGGAAACACAGGGAGGAGAUUGAAAUCCUCCAGGCACAACUGGACGACUACAUCAGACGAUUAGAAGAAGCUGAGAUGAAUAUUAGGAUCGCAGAGGCCAAAAUUGCUGAGCGGGAUCUGAGGAUUGGUGAACUUGAGCGCCUGCUGGACUGCAUGGGAACGGAAAAGAGUCAACUCCACCAGAAGCUGCAGGAAUGUGAACGGCGUCUUCGCUUGUUAGAGAGGAGCGAUGCAACCGAUGGAGCUGGAGCCAAAAGGUCACAUGAGCUGCAAAUGGAAGCUGGAGGUCUUCGAGAGAGAAUCAAGCACUUGAACGACAUGGUCUUCUGCCAACAGCGAAAGGUCAAAGGAAUGAUUGAGGAGGUGCAAAAACUACGAGCUCAAGUUGCAGAGAAGGACAUGUUCAUCUCAGAGCUGCUGGACCGAAUUGCGAUUGUGGAGUGCGAGAAUAAUGAAUUAGAAGACAAGCUCAAGUAUUUUAUGUCCACACAGAGUAGUGAAGAAGAGGAUUUGGACUUUGGGAAGAUAGGACAAGACUGCAACCCUCUUCCAAGAAUUGAAGAAAUACCGGGGCAUGAUGUUGAAUCUCCUAAUCUGCAUGAACCAAUUCAUCUUCGUCCUAGAGAGCUCCUCCCAUCCAAACAACCGUUAUUUGUCAUACCGCCUCCGCCACAAAUACGACCUCCUCCACCACCCCCAGAUCCAUAUACAUACGACGCUUCACUACCUCCUGAACCUUUUUUAUCACCUACACAACCUCCCCUCCCUCCACUGCCUUCUUCACCCACACCUCCCUCAUCACCCACACCCCCCUUGUCUCCAACAUCACCGCCAUCGUCACCCACACUGCCUCCAUCUUCACCCACACUGCCUCCAUCUUCACCCACACUGCCUCCAUCUUCACCCACACUGCCUCCAUCUUCACCCACACUGCCUCCAUCUUCACCCACACCGCCUCCAUCUUCACCCACACAAGAAUCAGAUGACCCUCCUCUCCGCCGUCCUUCCCUCUUCCUUACAACAGUUACUCAAUCGAGGACGUUGAAGCGUAAUGCCCCUCCUCCCAGCAGGGUGGAGUCCAGUUUACUUCGCUACACGCCGGUUGAGUACAGCCGCUACCUUGAGGCCAACCCGACGCCCCAGAUGGAAAUGUACUCCUCCACCCGAGUGUCAUCGGAAUCCCAAAGUUACGAGAGCCAGCCCAUUGACGAGGUGGACGCUGAAACAGACACUCAGAUGGCAUUGAAUCAAGACAAAAGGAGAACAAGAUCGGGGCUUGCGUAUUUUGAUACGCCAUUCACAAAAUUAAUGGAAAUGACAGCAAACAUCAAAGUAGAGUGAUUGGAGAGGAUGCAGCAUUUUUAGUAUACUGUACGUUGAACAUCUUCAUUGUCUUAAAUUUGACAUGAGCUGUCUUUAAGACAGUAGCCCAUGUUUAGGCUUUGUUUAUGUUUAUAUAUGCCAUGUCAUAUUUCUGUAAAUAAAUUCUCUACAUGUAUUUAAGUUUUGCCCAAAGACACCAGCCAUAAACAAAACUAAAUUUGAGCAAGUUCGAGUUCAAGCCAACAUGUCGUGAACCUGUUGUUAUGCUAGUUAUGUUUGCACGCACAGUAAGUCUGCUAACUUGUAUUCCAGGUUUGGUCAAUCGGCACUCCGCAUUUGGUAGAUUGACAUUUUCUGUGUAACUGACACAUAAAGCAAAAAACAA